AUUCCAAUACAAAAAAAAAACUCUCAAAACAAAAUCAUUAUAAGCGCGUCUUUCUCUCUAUCUUUUUUCUUACCUUUGAUUGAUUGAUCAAAAAAUUAAAAAAGCCGUCAUUUUUCAAGGAAAAUUCCCAGACCUUUCGUUGAAUGUUCUAGCCUUCCUUCCAAAAAUAAUAAAAUCCAAUCCAAUAAUUUAAUUUCAAUCUUUUCUAAAAGGUACUGCUUUUUUUCAUUUUCCCGCUCUCUUUAGUUAGUAUCCUGACUACUCUUAUAUGUUUCGCAGUGUGUGCGAUUACAUGUAUUGUCAAUUUGUCAUCGAGUUUUAAUAAUUAGUACUAGACGAGUUAUUUUUAGGAUGAGAUAAGGCCAUAAGGGGUUGGUUAUAAUUUAGUGAAUCUGGGGAUAUAUUUCUGUUUUUUUGUUUUUAAGUUGGUGAAGAUUUUUAUCUUUUUUUGGUUUGGUUUUUGUUCAGAUCCAUUUGUUUGAUUUAUAAAGGGAAGUGACAAAAGAAAUUGAAAAAAAAAAUGCAGACAAGGUAUAUGGAAAGAUCGAAUAGUAUGAGUGGUGGAAGAGAGAAGAGAACUCUGGAUUCGAGCUCAACUGCUGAUGAAGAUAGUCAACCUGAUCGCAAAAGACCUGCUUUAGCUAGUGUGAUUGUCGAAGCCCUGAAGGUGGAUAGUCUGCAGAGACUCUGCUCAUCCUUGGAACCCAUUCUUCGGAGAGUUGUUAGUGAGGAAGUAGAACGUGCUUUGGCAAAGUUGGGGCCUGCUAGGCUUGUUGGAAAUGGAAGUAGGUCUUCUCCCAAGCGGAUAGAAGCACGUGAUGGAAGAAAUUUGCAGCUUCAUUUUAAAACUAGGCUUUCUUUACCCCUUUUUACCGGAGGAAAAGUAGAAGGUGAGCAAGGAGCUGCGAUCCACAUCGUGUUACUUGAUGCAAAUAGUGGACAACUUGUCACAACAGGUCCAGAAUCAGCUGCAAAACUGGAUAUUGUUGUGCUCGAAGGUGAUUUCAACGAUGAAGAUGAUGCUGACUGGACUGAAGAAGAUUUCGACAGUCAUGUAGUGAAAGAGCGUGAAGGAAAGAGGCCCCUUUUAACUGGAGAUGUGCAAGUGACAAUGAAAGAAGGUGUAGGAACUCUUGGAGAACUGACAUUCACUGAUAAUUCAAGCUGGAUUAGAAGCAGACAGUUCAGAUUAGGUCUGAAGGUUGUCUCAGGUUAUGGUGAAGGUGUUCGUAUUCGUGAAGCAAAAACAGAAGCUUUCACUGUCAAAGAUCAUAGAGGGGAAUUGUACAAAAAACAUUACCCUCCUGCAUUACAUGAUGAAGUUUGGAGAUUAGAAAAGAUUGGAAAAGACGGGGCUUUUCACAAGAGACUGAAUAAAGCCGGCAUAGUUAGUGUUGAGGAUUUCUUGCGAUUUGUUGUCAGAGAUCCACAACGGUUGCGAAAUAUACUUGGAAGUGGCAUGUCAAACAAGAUGUGGGAUGCACUCGUGGAGCACGCAAAAACGUGUGUACUUAGUGGAAAGGUUUUUAUCUACUAUCCUGAUGGUCCACAAGGGGUUGGUGUAAUUUUCAACAGUAUUUAUGAGUUUAGUGGCUUAUUUGCUGGUGGCCAAUACUACUCAACUGAUUCUCUUUCAGACACACAGAAGGUAUACACAGACACCUUAAUAAAGAAAGCAUAUGAGAAUUGGAUGCAUGUUGUGGAGUACGAUGGCAAAUCUCUCUUAAGCUUAAAACAGAACACGAUUGAAGAUUCUUCGAGGAUGGAAGCACCCGUUUCCCAACCAAACCCUAAUUUCUACACCCAUCAACUCUCGUUACCCAAUUUACCCGUUGCUCCUCCUCCUGUGGAGCAGCCCUCUGUGGUUCCUGGUCUCAAGAUGGAAGGUUUACAUGAUGCAAUUGGUACAAGAUAUUCUGCACAUUCACAAACAAUGAACCAUAAUGGAUCUGCGCAUUUUGAUGCCACCUCACUUUUGCCACCAAAUCAUUUUAUUGGUGCUUCGGGUCUAAGCCAACCUAGAAACAACAGUGAAUUAUCUCUUGGAUCUGCACAAUCGUCCUUCUCAGGAAUGCAGCCUGUUGGAACCACCACCAACUUUGCAGAUUACCGGGGAAGUGAGAACUUGCUAUCAGAAGAUGACAUCCGCAUGAGAAGUAAUCAGAUGCUUGAACAUGAAGACAUGCAACAUUUGCUUCGCAUCUUUGGUAUGGGCGGUGUUCAAAAUCAAGGUCAAAAUCCUGUCAGUGUGGGUGAAGAAGGGUACCCAUACUCAGCAGGUUAUGCACCAUCACCAGCAAUCAACUUCAAUUUUGACGAGGAUAGAAGUCGCUCUUCUGGGAAAGCUGUUGUGGGAUGGCUCAAGCUUAAAGCGGCUCUUAGAUGGGGGAUCUUUAUCAGGAAGAAGGCUGCUGAGAGACGAGCUCAACUCGUUGAGUUGGAUGAUUCAUAGAAUUGAACCCCCCACCCAGUAGACCUGGUUAUUGGGCGGGGUGGGUCAGGUCAGGGUCAGUGCGGGUCAGGUAAUGAAAAGGGUCAAUUUUAGCGGGCUUAUUACCCUAUGAUACCAAACUCUGAUUCUCGUUUCCCGGUAUCCGAAUCCGUAUCUGUGUCCCGUGUCUGUGCAACCUAGGAAUUAAACUAAGAAGGCCUGUUUUAUAACACAAGCUGCUCGUUGGAUCCCGCUUUGCCAAGUAUCAAAACUAUGAUGAUGAGUAUAUAAAUGGAAUGAUGCCUGCUUUCUUUUCUUGGGUUGCUUGGUUAUGGAUCCUUGAUUGAUGAUAAAUGGACCUCGAGCUGAGUCGAGAUGGUAGUAUUGCAGAAGAGAGUUUACCGUCAGAGAUAUCUUCUGCGGAAAGAAGGAGAAGUUAGAGGAUUCUUUCGUCUCUCCAUCUUUGUCGUUGGACCUCUACACGAAGGACCUUAAAUAUAAGAGGCCUCUUCUGUUCUAUCUUCAAUUUUUUUUUACUUACCAGUGUUACUUUGUAUUAUGACUGGUUAGAUGAGGUCUAACGUAACAAAAUCUGUUGUAUUUAUUAUUUUUGAAGCAAUAAUUAGCAGUGGUAGUUGUCUUGAUUACCAGAUCGAACAUUA